AUGAUGCAUAAAGAUAACAACACUAGAAUUAGAAUAAUGAGAAUCAAGAUUAGAUUUAAGAGCUAAUAAUAAGCCAACUAAGAUCAACAUAAAUCUGAAUAAUCACAAGAUCAGAAUCCAUUAGACCUUUCAGAUAUUGAAUUGACAGAGUAAGAACUUGAAGAGUUCAAGAGGUUUGACGAGGAAUAGAAAAGAUAGCAAAAAGAAGAGGAGUUAAGAUUAUAGAGAGAAUAAGAGGAGUAGGAGUAGUUGAGAAAAAAACAGGAGGAGCUGACGAAAAUAAAAUAGGAGGAGGAAAAAAAGCGUAAAUUUGAGGAGAUACGUCGAAGAAAGGCUGAACAGCUCUAAAAAGAACGUGAAUUAAAAGAAGAAGAGAAUAAACGACAAAGACUGGAAGAGUUGGAAAGAGAAAGACUUAAAAAAGAACAGGAGGAGGCAGAAGCAUUACAAAGGAAAAAAGAAGCCGAUGAAAUUGAGAAGUAUUAAAGAGAGGAAGCUGAAAGAGAAAAAAUAGAAAUGGAAGCUAGAAUGGAAUAAGAGAGAAUUGAUAAUGAAAUUAGGCAAGAGGAAUAAAGAUUGUAAAGAGAAUAGGAAGAAAAAUAAUAAAAAGAGGAGCAAGAGAGAUUACAAAGAGAAUAGGAGGAAAAAAGAAUAAGAGAGGAAGCAGAGGAAAAAGAGAGAUAAUUACAAGAGAUUCGAAGAGAGUAAGAAAGAUAAGAGCAAGCAAGGCGAGAAUAAGAGAGAAUAGAAAAUGAAAGAAUUGAAUUAUAAAAGUAAGAACAAUCGGAAUAGGAGAGAAUUUAAAGAGAAGCUGAAUAACAACAAAAGAUGCUUGAAGAAUAAGCUUAGCUAGCAGAGAUUCAAGAAAAGUUAAAAUAGGAAUAAGAACUAUUGGAAAUGAAAUAGAGAUAAUUGGAGGAAUAAUAACGUCUAGAAAAAGAGCAACAGUAAAGGUAGGAAUAAGAGAGGUUAGAAAGUUUAAAUGCAGAACGAAAGAGAUAGGAAUAGGAAAUGCAGGAGAAAGAGGAAAGGGAAAGAAGAGAAUAAGAAAAGAGAUAGCAAAGAGAGAAUGCUGAAAUGGAAAGGCAAAAAAGACUCUUGUUAAAAGAGGAGGCUGAGAGAUAAAAAUUAGAAUUAGCAAGGCUAGCAUCACAAUAAGGAAUGAGUGAUCAGACUGAAUAGUAAAUAUAAUAGCAACACGACAUCAAUAUGGAACAAAUUUAAGAGGAAUAUUAAUAGUCUCAAACUGUAACAUAAGAAACUAAUGAUGAUAAUGAUUAUGAUGAUGAUUAAAAUUCAUAAUCUAAAAAUCAAAAUCUUAAAAUCUAAAAUACUGAUCAUGAAGAUAGAGAUAAACAUCUAGAUUUUAAAAUCAAUAAGACUUUACUUACAAUGCCACCUUAAGCAGCAGUAGCCUUCUCAUUGAUUGAUUAUUUAAUUGCAGUAGAUUCAUUAGUAAACCUUGAACAUAAACUUCAUUAAAUGCAUGAGUUUAGUCUCUAAAAAACAAAAAUCCUUAGAGAUCACUAUGGUAUUCCCCAUCCUAUGGAUAAACUGGUUUUUGCAGUAUUACUCAUUCUCUCAGUAGUAGUUUCUUAAUUCUUAAUGAAGAAACUGUUCGCUGGAAAUAAUUCAAACUAAUUCAGAUUCAAUAGUCCAGAUUUUGCAGAGGUUGGAUUAUUAAUCACCUCUACAAAGAAACUAUAAGAGGACAUUGUCCAUAUCAAGAAGUCAAUUAGUGCCGAUCCAGCUAAUAGCUAAAACUAGCUUAAUGAUCUGCUGGAUUAGCAAUUCUAGCGAAUAUCAUAAUCUCUUAGUCAGGUAUCAUAACUUUCCUAAAAACUAGAUAUCCUCUCGCAAAGUUAAUAGAGUCAAUCAAACACUUAAGAUCAGUAAAACUAGAUUAUUGCUGAUUUCUAUAAAAGAAUAAAGAUAAUUGAGGGUAAAAUUGAAGAAAACCUUAAGAAAGAGAAUGAUCAAUAAAAAUUGAUAGAAAAUUUGGGCAAGUAGUUGCAAGAUUUACCUAAAAAUUUAGUCGCCAAUCCUCCGAUAGUAAAUGAAUCUUAGGCGAUAUCAAUCAUUGAAGACCAACCCUCAAAAUAAGGUCAGAUUUAAUCACAAUAGUAUCAAAUAGUUAAUCAAUAACAACAAAAACUGGUGCAAUCAUAGCAACUUCCUAAUACUAUUUAGAUUCUAGAUCAAACUAAAAUCCCUACAAACUAAAUAUCUCAAUCUCAACUUAAGAUUUUAGAGCUUGAAGGUUCAGAACUUGAGGAAAGUGAAGAGGUUGAAGAGAUUGAAGACGAGGUUGAGGAGGAAGAAGAAGAAGAUGAAGAGGAAGAAUAUGAUGAAGAAGAGGAAGAGGAAGAUAAGGAAGAGAUUACUCAAAGAGCAAGUAAUUAGAAAAACAUUGUCUGA